AUGAAUUUACUUCACUCGUCCUGUUGUAACACCUCUGCUGAACUUUUGAACAAAUCCUGGAAUCCAGAGUUUGCUUAUCAAACCCUCAGCAUGGUGGAUACAGCCAUCCUCCCUUCCAUGGUUGGGAUUAUCUGUUCAACGGGGCUGGUUGGCAACAUCCUCAUUGUAUCCACUAUAAUAAGGUCCAGGAAAAAAACAAUUCCUGACGUUUAUAUCUGCAACCUGGCUGUGGCUGAUCUGGUCCACAUCAUGGAAAUGCCUUUUCUUAUUCACCAGUGGGCCCGGGGAGGAGAGUGGGUGUUUGGGGGGCCUCUCUGCACCAUCGUCACAUCCCUGGAUACCUGCAACCAGUUUGCCUGUAGUGCCAUCAUGACUGUAAUGAGUGUGGACAGGUACUUGGCUCUCGUCCAACCGUUUUGACUGACGAGCUGGAGAACAAGGUACAAGACGAUCCGCAUCAAUCUGGGCCUUUGGGCAUCUUCCUUUAUUCUUGCGUUGCCUGUCUGGGUCUACUCGAAGGUCAUCAGAUUUAAAGACAGCGUUGAGAGUUGUGCUUUUGAUUUAACAUCCCCUGACGAUGUACUCUGGUAUACUCUGUAUUUGACGAUAACAACUUUCUUUUUCCCUUUGCCCUUGAUUUUGGUGUGCUAUAUUUUAAUUUUAUGCUAUACCUGGGAGAUGUAUCAACAGAAUAAGGUUGCCAGAUGGGUAAGUGUAUGCCUUAUUUGCUACAAUCCCAGUGUUCCAAGGCAGAGAGUGAUGAAGCUGAUGAAGACGGUGCUGGUGCUGGUGGCGGUCUUUAUCCUGAGUGCCGCCCCCUAUCACGUGAUACAACUGGUGAACUUACAGGCGGAGCAGCCCACGCUGGCUUUCUAUGUGGGCUGUUACCUCUCCAUCUGUCUCAGCUAUGCCGGCAGCAGCAUCAACCCUUUCCUCUACAUCCUGCUGAGUGGAAACUUCCGGAAACGCCUGCCUCAAGGGCAAAGGAGAGUGACUGAGAAGGAAAUCAACAAUAUGGAAAGCACCUUGAAACAGAGCUUUAAGGAGAGUACAUGGAUCAUCAAAAGUCUAGGCAGGCUUGCCUACGUUACUGAUGUUAUUAAAAAGGGCAGGCAAAACGGUGUGCUGGUGUCCAUUCUUGUUGUGCCCUUGUGA